GAGGAACCAGCAGGAAGGCAAUAGAAUUACACCUGCUAGAGCUGAGAGCUGCUCCGAAGCAGGGGGGUAUACAUUUAUAAAUAAAUAGGGUAUAAAACAGCUUGUUAUGCCACGAUAGCCUUCAGUUUAAUGUGAAAGGGUUAUCAGUGAGGUAAGGUAUUUUUUUUGCAUUAUUAGUGUAAUAUUUGUGUUGUAAUUUCCCCUAUCAUUUUAAUACUUGUCUUAAACCAAUUUAUCCAAAGUUUCUGAAAUGGUUGGUAGCAACUCAUUCGUUGUAGCCUUUUAUCAAUAGUCUACUAUAUUUUACAGAUUAACCCCUUACUGGGGCACUCUUGACACAUUUUGAAUAUACUUUGAUUUUGACUGUUGGUGAGUUUACUUCUAUCGGGUCUAGUUCUGUGCGCGGCCUCGCCGUUGCCAUGGUGAAGAACGUUCAAACAAGUGUUGAUACCUCAGCGUCACCAGUCUGUGUGAACCAAAUCCCUAGCUGAGAAAUAAGACUGUAUUUUGAGGAAAGAUUAUUUACUUCAUCGGACGAGGCUUGGUCGGCUGAAAUUGCUCGUUAGCAGGACUGUAUAUAUUGGAAAUAUUAGUCGUUUGGUGCUAUUCGUGCUUCAGGAUCUGUCGUCAGAGCCUCUGUUGACAUCAAUACAGCAAGCUAGCAGACUGCAGUACGAGUUAAUUUACGAAGGGUUUACUUUAACGUCGUUGGGUAAGUCUUUCCAUAUAAGUUAGCUGAUAGAAAUAUAGUAUUUAAUAUUCAAACAAAGCAAACGAGUGUGUGUUUAUACGUAAACGUAUUCCUGUAGAUUUCUCUUUACAUUUGCUAAUGUAGUGCUGCAUGUCAGCCAGCAGUUUAAGUGGUGAUCAUGUCCACCUACUUGGAGAUAGCAUACAGUAGGCCUUUAGUUAUUUAAACAAUAAAAGGAUGGGUAAGCAGGAUAUUUUUGAUAGCUCUUCUCCUGAGCGACAGAUUCAUUCAUAGAUUUCAUCAAAAUAUUUACAAAAUGGCUGUUGCUAUCAGUAAUAAAAAGUACAAAUAAAGUAAAUUCACUUUUGUUUAAUGUAAUUAUUCUGUGCGAUUUGGUUUGUUAUCUAAAAGAGCUUAUCACUUAUUUAAAAGUGCUUUAAAGAUGAAGUUAUACACCACCUACACGUGCUAUGUUUUGCUUGUCACCAUCACAUAACAUAACAUCUUGAACUUAUAAUUACUAAAAAUCUUUUUUCGUGUGUAAUUUACCUUUAUAAUUUUUUUCUGUUAAUAUCGAAUGCUCUUUUCUACAGCUUCAGAUGUGUGAGGGACCUUCAUCCAUAUUCGGUCCAAUCCCUCCGGACCCAUCUCUGCUUCCUCAGUACUACAAUCGACCAACGUCAGGUUGGUUACAGUCACAGGGCUCUGUUACUAGAAAUUUCUUUUUGUACAGUCUGUGUUUCUUUCCUGUUAUGCUGGUCUCAUAACCUAAUAUCUCUAGGUGAAGGAUAGAAGUGGGCAUUAUACAGGGUGUCACACUAACACAGCCUAAAUCGUUUACACAACUGUCAUCAUUUAACACGUAGACUAACAUUCAUGAUUACUUUUGUUAGAUUAAGCACAGGACCCAUCAGUGGCUAGAACCUCUAAAUCUUUUCUUUUUGUUAAAGAACAUUUGAAUUAUUUAUAAUUUCAACCCCAAUUCCAAAAGAAGAUGGGAUGCUAUAUAAAAUGUUAAUCAAAACAGAGUUUGAUGGUUUGCAAAAAUUUUUACAACCAGUAUAUCUUGUUGGAAAAGCAAAAAUUAAUAUAUUAAGUGUUGAAACUGGGAAAAUGUUAUUGUUUUAAAGAAAAUACACUAUAUUCUCAUUUCCAAAUUUGAUUCCAGGUACACAUUUCCUAAAAGAUGUGACAGGUACAUGUUAAAUGUUGUCUUGCAUCACCUAUUCCUUUAACAGCACUCUAAAUGUUUUAAACUGAGGACACCAGUUUCUGGAUAUUUGAAAGUGGAAGACUGUCCGAUCUUUGCCUGAUACAGGAUUUCAGCUGACCAACAGUUGGUGACUGAACAAUUUUUGAUUUGCCUCGGUCAAUCAGUGACCCAGAGAAGUUGCCAAUGUUCCAAGGCUAUCUGAAAUGUUUGGUUUCCUCUGUGUAUUGGAAUGGUUUUAAACUAUAUUUGAAGAAGCAGGGGCAUACUGUGUACAUAUAGGCACUGUUUUUGGAAGUGAUUUCAGGUCCAUGUAGUGACUUCCUCCUCAAUGCCAUGUCUGUUUUUAAUAGAGUGCUGCUCAAGGCCCCGAGGAUCACAGUCAUUUAGUACUGGUUUUCAGGCUCAUCUAUUUAGUUUUAAAUUCUCUGAUUAGAGAAUUCAGCACUUUUAGUAAUGGAGCUGAAAGUAAUGAAGUCUUUGUUUGUUGUCUUAUUUUUAACUCUGGCCUUUUUUUUCCCUUUCUCAAGCUCGAGGCCGUUUAGAGGGAAACCACAAUGGGACUUUGGGUCUGCUUUCUGGGCCUCUCGCUCCAGAUCCUGUGUUGUACCCAGGUUGCUACAGCGCUCGUACCCCUAGACAUCCACCCCGUAUUGGUCAUAAUGCCACCCAUAUUUUGGAAAGAGGACAGAGAGGGGUAGUUGGGGAGCUACUUAAACUAGACGGUGUCUCUAUCACCCCUGUUCCCAAACCAAGUAAGUUUUAUUUGUGGGAUCCUUAUGAGAUCUUCAUGUUUGUCGUUGUAACCCGUGAUCGCUAAGCACUGUCUUUUGUGCUUCGUGACCCUUAGAGCAGCAAGCACAGGAUUUUGGAAAAGAGAAUGUGCGCCGACUCCGAGAGAUCCAGAGGCGCUGUAAAGAGCAGGAAGCUGUGAGAGCACAGUCUCGAUCAGUUCCAGUGAAAGCUCUUUGGACCUCUACCAAGUACCAGAGUGUCCCAUCCAGGGUGAUGGCCCAGCUACAGGCAAGACGCAUUUCUUCAGAAGAUUAAGAACCUUGAAUAUUGAACAUUUCUUUUGAUAACUUUCAUUCAGUUUUUUUAAAGCAGGUUUCCACCACAACUCCUAAACCCCAAUGUCAGAACUUUCUGAAGGCCCACUCUAAGGGUGGAUCUGCCACUCCAUCCAGGCCAGAGUCCAAAACCUCUCUCUUAGCUCUGAAACGCCCGGCAUCCUGCAGCUCUUUCGGGGACCAGAACUUGCAAGUGAGAACUGCUAAUAGAUGUUUGCUAAUUACCUGUACUUAUAUGCACAGACAGAAAGCCUAAUGAAAUGUUUAACUGUGAUAUCAACUACACUGUUCCAUGUAUGUUUACAGGUGCAAGGUCAGGCCAUAGACUUUAUAAAACAUAAUGCCCGGGCAGCUGGGAAAACUGUGCUACGACGAUCCCAGUCAUUGACAGACCUCAAAAACAAACCAAUCCCCAGUGCAGUCAAAGGUCAAGUGCCUCAGUAGUGAGUAUCCUUUUGUCGUAUUUCACCUCCUCACCUGAAAAUCCUGAGAAGCAGAACAUUCUUAGCCAGGGUUGAAUUUUGACGUUUUGACACCAACCUGUUGUUGUUUCUGUAAAACAUUCAGUCUGGAGGAAAGAAGAGAACAGUGGCAAAAGGAGGCGGAGGAGAGGAGAAGAAAUGCACCUGAUCCCAACGCCCCAGCUGGUCACACACUGAUGCCUGAAAAUGAGAGACAGGAGACACUGAAGUCUCUCAAAGACAGUAUGUCUCACCUUUUAUUUUUUUCAAUAAGUUUUCUCCUUAUUUUUACAAUUGACAAUUAAUUGAUCCUCUAAUUGUAAUUCUUCUUUUUAUUCCUUAGCCCAUCGGUCCCUCGUCACUGAGCUGCUGUCACUGCCUCUCAGAGCUGACAGUCUAAGUGUUUGCUCUCGUCGGACUCAUCUUGAUUGCAAGCUUUCUGAAAUUGAGGAGGCCAUCAAAAUAUUCUCCAGAGACAAAGUUUAUAUAAAAAUAGACUCCUAACACACUUAGAGGAACAGAAGAGGAUGAGUUGGACCUGUAAAUACACUGCCUCGUUGAGAUUUAUUUUCACUUGUGGUUGCUCGUUACAAAACUCUGGCUCUUGUACAAAUGUAAAAAGAUGGGUUGUACUUAAUUCAGUAAUUACUGUAAUUCUAUGUAAUAAUCUGGUUUUAGUUAUACAUGUGGUGACAUUUUAUCUUAAUUUAUUAAAAUUUUGAGAAGAAGAUAUGCAGAUAAAUAAUGUGCAGUACACUCUUGGAGAAAAAAAGAUCAGAUGCUUUGUAUUUUCAUUAGUUUAAUUCAAAAGCUCCUUCAAUAACAAUCAUCUGAUUUCUCUGCCUCUGUGUAGAACUGUCUAAUGCUUUGAAUAAUAACUACUAUGAACAGUUUACUUUAAUCUUAUUAUUGUAAUAUCAUUACAUAUGUUUAUUUUUGCAAUUAUUGUACCAUAGACUGUAUGAAUUGUACUUGUGUAAAACAUGCAGAUCCAUAUAGUAUUAACAAAGCCACAAAAUUUAUCCUUUUUCAAAAUAAAAACUUUUGUUCAAAGUUUAA